AUGAAGAGGAAGAACGCUGAAUCGUGCGCUGGAAUGCGGUGGCAAGUCCGAGAGACAACUUUCUUUUUGCCCCAGAAUCAGCGGCGAAAUUCACCGCGGCUUGGCGAGUUGAGCGAGGCGUUGGCGCUUGUGCCUGACCGACUGCUGGUGCUCAGGCAGGCACGACUCAUCCGAGCAGCCAGCGCCAAAGCGAGCGAGAUCGAGCAACGGACCUACAGAGGGGCGGUAGCGCCGCUCCGCAACCAAAAGGCCGAAGCGGCGAAGAGAGAAAAAAAAAUAGAGGAAACAGGGGCCAACCGUGUGUCACAUACAGGCAUUCGGGCUGUCCGACGGACCGGAACCACUGGUUCCCAGAUCCUGACAGGUCGAAAAGAUCGACUCUGCUACUACUGCCGCAAGUCCGACCGCUUCCUGUGCCUGGAGUGA